UCCGCAUAAAUGAACCUGCUCUCGGCUCUUGCGAAUAACACAUACUGUUUAUAUCUGGAUCAUAAAAGUGUGGCAAAGAGUAUUUAGACUCUGUACUAUGAAAACACGAUGAUCGGCGCGAAUUAAGUUGAAAUUUAAAAAAGUGGAAAAUUUAAACUUUAAAUUUUAUUUCAAAAUUUUAAAUUUUGAGUUAGAACCUCGAACCUUUUUUUAAAACGAGCGCCAUUUCACGCUGAUUCCGAAUCUGUAUUGUAAAGUGAAUUUUGGUCGCUGCGUUUUUCCAGAAAGUCGUUUUUCUCAAAAGCCGGUAGGUCAAAAACCACGGUUUUCUGGAAACCUUAUUUCUGAAGGUCCUAGAAAAAACGUCCAAGAGACAAAAAGAAAGAGCAUCGUUUCAAACCCUUAAGUUUCAAAAGAAAAGUUCGUAGCUUGUAAACUGACGGAGUUAUAAUUUAGUGUUACACGCCUAUUGUGCUUUUAUUAGAAAGCAGGCAUGUGUUAUUCUGUUUGUGAACUUUUACAAGCUCUUAUCUUUUGUUCCUUUUUCCUAGAUGAUUCACCAAGCAGCCAUGAUAGCCAUGGUAGUGCUAAUGGCGAAGAUGUUCCUGCCGAUGUCCGAGUCCCCUAUUUGGCACUAAGUGAUGGUGUAUGUUCUCUAACCAAUGGCAAAAUCGUGCUGGUUAUAAUGGCGGGUGAACAAGGGACACAGAUUCGAGAUAAUACACCAGCGAAUACAGUGCCGAGCCAGAAUCAAAAUCGACACCACUUGGCCGUUACCUUAUAUGAAAAUGCCAUGUAUCGACUACGUAUCCAGUUGGAUUGCCCUCAACGCUCCGUUAGAGGUCCAUUUGACAAAAAUUGCAACCUUGCUCAAGACGUGAAUGUCUGGAUUGAUUUAAAUAACGACGGAAGAUAUGACGAAGCAGAAAGUCGCGUUCCUUAUCGGUGGCCACUGCAUGGUUCUAUGCCACUAGGCAUUUAUGAUUUGGAAAUAAAUAUACCUAUUAUCGAUGGACAGAGCACGAAAAGUGGUUCACAUGGCAUGCGCAUUGUUGUGAUGCCGAGCGAAGAGUAUCGCAGAAAGUGUGGAAAUACUGACUACAGUGAAACGCAAGAGUUCACAGUCAACAUUAUUCUGGCGGUAACACGUGGAGGUGCAGUCAACAUUAUUCCGGCUGUAACACAAGAAGGUAACGCGUUUUUCUAA